AUGAGUACGCUACCAGGGGUGUGGCAGAUCGCGGCGGCGUGGGAGCAGGUCCGCGGCCCGGUGAUCGUGCCGCUGCUGCGCGUGUCCGUGCUACUCUGCCUCGCCAUGUCCGCGAUGCUGUUCGCGGAGAAGGUGUACAUGGCCGUGGUCGUGCUCGCGGUGCGGCUGCUCGGCCGCCGCCCCGAGCAGCAGUACCGGUGGGAGCCCGUGGGCGACGGCAACGACCCCGAGCUCGGCAGCGCCGCCUACCCCAUGGUCCUCGUCCAGAUCCCCAUGUACAACGAGCGCGAGGUGUACCAGCUGUCGAUCGGGGCGGCGUGCGGGCUCUCCUGGCCAUCCGAUCGGAUCAUCGUCCAGGUGCUCGACGACUCCACAGACCCUGUCAUCAAGGAGCUGGUGCAGGUGGAGUGCCGGCGCUGGGCGAGGAAGGGCGUGAACAUCAAGUACGAGAUCCGGGACAACCGGCGCGGGUACAAGGCCGGCGCGCUCAAGGAAGGCAUGAAGCACGGCUACGUCAAAGACUGCGACUUGGUGGCCAUCUUCGACGCCGACUUCCAGCCGGAGCCCGACUUCCUGUCGCGCUCCGUCCCCUUCCUCGUCCACAACCCCGACAUCGCCCUCGUCCAGGCCCGUUGGAAAUUCGUGAAUGCAGAUGAAUGCUUGAUGACAAGGAUGCAGGAGAUGUCCUUGGACUAUCACUUUAAGGUGGAGCAAGAAGUGGGCUCCUCGACCUAUGCCUUCUUUGGAUUCAAUGGAACCGCUGGUGUGUGGCGCAUAUCUGCUCUGAAUGAGGCAGGUGGCUGGAAGGACCGAACUACGGUCGAAGACAUGGACCUGGCAGUCCGAGCAAGCCUCAAGGGAUGGAAGUUUGUAUACAUUGGUGAUCUCAAGGUAAAAAAUGAGCUCCCAAGUACAUUCAAAGCAUUUCGGUACCAGCAACAUAGAUGGUCGUGCGGGCCUGCAAAUCUGUUCAGGAAAAUGGUGAUGGAGAUCGUCAGAAAUAAGAAAGUGACGCUUUGGAAGAAAAUACAUGUCAUCUACAACUUCUUCUUGGUGCGCAAGGUUGUAGCGCACAUUGUGACCUUUGUGUUCUACUGCGUUGUUAUCCCGGCCACUGUCUUAGUUCCCGAAGUUGAGGUACCAAAGUGGGGUUGUGUCUAUAUUCCAACUAUUAUCACCCUUCUCAAUGCUGUUGGGACUCCAAGGUCUAUUCACUUAGUUGUCUUUUGGGUGCUAUUUGAGAAUGUCAUGUCAUUGCAUAGAGCAAAGGCCACCUUCAUCGGUCUAUUGGAGGCAGGCACGGUGAACGAAUGGGUGGUAACAGAAAAGCUUGGUGACACUUUAAAGACUAAAAUGCCAAGUAAAGCUUUGAAAAAGCUAAGGACAAGGGUAGGAGAAAGGUUGCAUCUUUGGGAGCUUGGUGUUGCAGCUUACCUCUUCGUCUGUGGAUGCUAUGACAUUUCAUUUGGGAAAAACCAUUACUUCAUCUUUCUCUUCAUGCAAUCCAUCGCUUUCUUCAUAGUCGGCGUGGGCUAUGUUGGGACAUUAGUUGCACAAUGAUGAUAUCCAUUUUGAGUUCACCAUGUAUUCGAUUCUUUCAUGCUUCAUGGUAUAUAAUCCAUAGAACAAAUUCUAAAAAAAGAAUUUCAUAGGAAAGAUAAGAUCGAGAAGCCUUCU